AUGAAGUCGACUUUGGUUGACAUUAUGGACGAACCCAAGUUCUCGCUGCGAAAACAACUGCGAGAACAUCACCUCGAGCUAACGUUGGAUGGAAGAUUUGUACGGUGGAUGCGAGACAACCCUAAAAAUCCUCGAAACUGGUCCGUUUUUCGAAAGACUUACGAUGCUGGGCUGGUCUGCGUCCUUGAUCUGUUUAUAACCGCUAGCAGCACCGCAGGCGCCGCUGCCGCAACAAAAGCAAAAGAUGAAUAUAACUUGGAUCAAACGGUCGCGAUAUUUUGCUUCGUGUCAUUAUUUCUUCUCGGGCAGUGCCUAGGCAAUAUUGUGCUUCCUCCAUGGACUGAGUCAUUUGGCCGCAAAAGAAUGUAUAUCAUCAGCAGUGGCAUCAGCACCCUAUGCUGCGUUAUUAUUGGCCUUGUUAAAUCACUACCGGCGGCCAUUCUAAUGCGCAUUCUAUCUGGAGUCUUCUCAGCCGUUCCGGGCACGAUUGUCGGAGGAACCAUUGAAGAUCUUUUCGAUAUAAAAGAAAGAAUUUGGGUUGUUUUCUUCUGGACUGUUGCUUCCAACAUUGGCCUGAUCAUCGGCCCGAUCAUGAGCAGUUUUGUCAUUGAAGGACUUAAUUGGCGAUGGGUGUUUUUCGUUUAUGCCAUAAUUCUUGCAAGUAUCACGGGCCUCCUAUGUUUUAUCAGAGAAUCACGACCAUCAUGCCUCCUAGCUCGAGAAGUCAGCCGACUACAAAAGGAGAUUCCUGAUAUACCGCCAUCGCUUAAUCACGACCACUCCCCCAGUAUGAAGACUUUCCUGGCGGACUCUCUCUUCAGACCCGCACAGCUGUUUGUCAAAGAGCCUAUAAUAUUUACGAUCUCCAUGAUGAUCGCCAUUUCCAUGUCCCUGAUCUACAUUUUCACCGAAGCUCUCCCACCGAUAUACCAGUCGAUGGGAUUUUCAUCAUCUCAGGCAUCAUUGAUUUUCCUUGCCAUUGGCCUCGGCACUUGUUGCAGCACUUUUACCAGAAUGUUGGACUGCCACAUCUACAACAAACGACGAAGGAAAAACCUGCCCAUCAAGCCCGAGCACAAGCUUGCAGGAUUAGCAAUCGGUGCGCCGUUCUUGGCAAUUGGGUUAUGGUGGUUUGGAUGGACAAUCCCACCCAAAGUUGAAGGGCCAAGUGUGCCUUGGAUUGUCCCAACCCUUUCCUUGGUGUUGGUUGGGUUCGCUCUCACGGAGAUCGACACAGUUCUCUACGGGUAUAUAUCGGAUAGCUAUUUGAGUUACUCGGCAAGUGCUACCGCUGCGGUGGCAUUCAUGAGAGGCAUGCUUGCCGCAACCUUCCCACUGUUUACCAAGCAGAUGUUUGGCAAAUUGGGAGCCAAUAAUGCCAUGUCGAUACUUGCCAGUUUGGCGACAGUGUUUUGUAUUGUUCCACCUUUAUUCUUGUGUUACGGUGAGAGGAUUCGACGGCGGAGUCAGUUUGCAAAAUACAGCUGGGAGAUCCAGGGCGAGAUGGGGAAAGAUGAAGAUGAUAUUUAG